GGAAUGCAGCGGCCGGAGGCCUGGCCACGUCCGCACCCGGGGGAGGGGGCCUCGGCCGCCCAAGCCGGGGGCGCAGCGCCACCCACCCGAGUCACAGAACUGCGGUUUCAGGAACCUUCUCUCUACACCAUCAAGGCUGUCUUCAUCCUAGAUAACGAUGGGCAAAGGCUGCUGGCCAAGUAUUAUGACGACACAUUUCCCUCCAUGAAGGAGCAGAUGGUUUUCGAGAAAAACGUCUUCAACAAGACCAGCCGCGCUGAAAGUGAGAUCGCAUUCUUCGGGGGCAUGACCAUCGUCUACAAGAGCAGCAUUGACCUCCUCCUGUAUGUGGUGGGCUCUUCCUCUGAGAACGAGCUGAUGCUCAUGUCUGUUCUCGCCUGCCUGUUUGACUCUCUGAGCCACAUCCUAAGGAAGAACGUGGAGAAACGCUGGCUGCUGGAGAACAUGGAUGGAGCCUUCUUGGUGCUGGAUGAAAUCGUAGAUGGCGGUGUGAUCCUGGAGAGUGACCCCCAGCAAGUGAUCCAGAAAGUGAAUUUUAGGACUGAUGACGCUGGCCUAACAGAACAGAGUGUAGCCCAGGUUCUUCAGUCAGCCAAGGAACAAAUUAAAUGGUCAUUACUGAAAUGAAGGCCUUGGAGUCGAGGCUCCCUUUCCAGAGAACCUUUUUCCAGUCCCUGCAAAAGCCUUGAGACCUCAAGGGACAGGAGAGAGAUCCCUCGGCCUUCUCAGGCCUCUCCCAGAGGUCUUCUGCCAGGGAUUCCGAGAAGCAAAAGUUUGGUCCCAGCUCUAUUAACCCUGCUCAGUACCCUGGCCUGCCCCUGGGGCCAUGAGAACCAGAAAAGUUUCCUUCCCUCGGACCUCGGUCACAUUUUCAACCCUAGGCCUUAAUAAACUUUAAUU